AUGCAUCUGUACAACUUGACGCUCGAACAUGCCUCGUCUAUUACUGCUGCCGUCGUAGGAAACUUUUCGGGCGUUAGACAGCAGGAAAUCCUCGUCUCUAGAGGCACCCGUCUCCAGCUCCUCCGCCCAGACCCUGCCCUCGGUAAACUCUCCACCGUGCUCGUCUACGAUGUAUUUGGUUCCAUUCGCUCCCUUGCGGCCUUUCGUCUCACCGGCGGCACCAAAGACUAUGCCAUCGUUGGCUCAGAUUCAGGUCGUAUCGUCAUUCUCGAAUAUGAUCCAAAGCAGAAUGCAUUCAACAAGCUCUACCAGGAAACCUACGGCAAGACGGGCGCCCGUCGUAUCGUCCCCGGACAGAUGCUCGCAACAGACCCAAAGGGACGCAGUCUCAUGGUCAGUGCAAUGGAAAAAGCAAAGCUCGUCUAUGUGCUCAACCGUGAUGCCGCCGCCAACUUGACUAUCUCCUCCCCGCUUGAAGCCCACAAGCCAUCUGCCAUCAUACAUCACAUUGUAGGCGUCGAUGUAGGCUUUGAGAAUCCGCUAUAUGCUGCAUUAGAGGUCGACUAUUCCGAAGCAGACAACGAUCCUUCAGGACAAGCCAUUCGGGACACUGAAAAGAUGCUCACAUUUUACGAACUCGACCUUGGUCUAAACCAUGUCGUUCGAAAAUGGAGUGAGCCAACCGACCGUCGCGCAAAUCUACUGGUCCAAGUCCCUGGUGGUCAAACAACGACAGGGGACCCGCCAAUAACGCGAAUUGAUGGCCCCUCCGGUGUGCUAGUUUGUUGUGAAGAUCAUGUCAUAUACCGACAUAUGGACCAACCCCAGCUUCGCGUACCAAUACCACGCAGAGAGCAUCCACUAGAGGACGCAUCUUCCCGCGGCCUUCUCAUUAUCUCUGCCGUCAUGCACAGAAUGAAGGGUGCAUUCUUUUUCCUACUGCAAUCCGAACUCGGCGACUUAUACAAAGUCACCCUCGAGCACCAAGACGAAGACGUAGUUGCCCUCAAGAUCAAAUAUUUCGAUACCGUCUCUCCGGCCGUCAACCUCUGCAUUCUCAAAUCGGGACAUCUAUUUGUACCAGCAGAGUUCGGAAACCAUGCAUUCUAUCAGUUUCAGAAACUGGGCGACGAUGACAAGGAGCCGGAAUACAGCUCUGCCGACUAUCCAGGAAACGGCAUGCGAACGCCCUCGCAGCCGCUGCCGAGAGCCUAUUUCCGUCCAAAGCCACUGGAAAACCUAGUCCUUCUCGAUGAACUCGAGUCCCUUGACCCCAUCCUGGCUGCAAGAGUUCAAAACUUGCCCGAUACCAGUCUCUUCUAUACCGCAUGCGGCAAGGGUGCAAAAAGUACCUUUCGCACCCUGAAGCAUGGUCUCGAGGUGGAAGAAAAUGGCAAUUCGGAUCUACCUAGUAUUCCGAAUGCCGUCUGGACCCUGAAGCUUGCCGAAACGGACCAAUACGAUUCUUAUAUUGUCCUCUCCUUUAUCAACGGCACGCUCGUUCUCUCCUUUGGCGAGGAGAUUGAAGAAAUACCAAACUCUGGAUUCUUGUCAUCAGAACCCACGCUAGCAGCGCAACAACUCGGUUCAGACGCACUCUUACAAGUCCACCCUCGUGGAAUUCGGCACGUGCUCUCGGAUAAGCGUGUCAAUGAGUGGCGCGCUCCAACUGGCAUGGCAAUCGUAGCAGCAACCACGAACAAACGACAAGUCGUCGUCGCCCUCAGCUCUGCCGAGCUCGUCUACUUUGAGCUCGAUUAUGAGGGACAGCUCAACGAGUUUCAGGAGAGAAAGGCUAUGGGGAGCACGGUGCUCGCGCUCAGCGUCGGUGAAGUCCCCGAAGGAUUGCAGCGGUUCAAAUAUCUUGCCGUUGGUUGUGAAGACCAGACCGUUCGCAUCAUCUCGCUCGAUCCAGAUUCGACCCUCGAGAUGAUCAGUUUGCAGGCGGUAACGGCGCCACCGUCUUCAAUCUCUAUUGCGGACAUGUUCGACUCGAGUAUCGACAAGCAUCGUCCCACAACCUUUGUCAAUAUCGGGCUCCAGAAUGGUGUGCUUCUUCGUACGGUCUUGGAUCCGACAAACGGUAAACUGGCGGAUACGAGGACUCGGUUCCUCGGGAAUCGACCGGUGCGUCUCGUCCGAACACAGGUCCAUGGCUCUCCCGGCGUCUUGGCGCUAUCUAGUCGCUCAUGGCUCAAUUAUACGUAUCAAGGCCUCGUUCACUUCACUCCUCUGGCGUACGACCGACUAGAUGGAGCUUGCAGCGUAAAUGCAGAGCUCUGUCCGGAUGGAUUCAUUGGAAUUGCCAAUAAUACGCUCCGGAUCUUCCAGGUGCCCAAAUUGGGCAGCAAACUCAAACAAGAGAUUCUUCCCCUGUCUUAUACUCCAAGGAAGUUUGUGUCGCAUCCACAGAACUCCUACUUUUAUCUUAUUGAAUCCGAUCAUCGUGCCAUGUCGGAGACAAUGAUAGAGGAGCGCGUCAAAGCCAUUGAAAUGUCAGGUGAAAAGGUUGACAGGGAAAUGCUGGAGCUUGACCCACGAAUCUACGGGCACUUCAAGGCUCCUGAAGGAGUCUGGGCUUCGUGUAUCAGGAUCAUCGAUCCUGUCAAUCUGCGAAGCGUCGCGGCCUUCUCUCUCGACAACAACGAGGCUGCAUUCUCCAUUGCUGUUGUUCCAUUCGCAGCGCGAAAUGGAGAACUGCUGCUCGUCGUUGGAACUGCUGUGGACACGCAUCUUGCCCCCCGAUCCUGCUCAACAGGCUAUCUCCGUGUCUAUUCCUUUACGGAAGGUGGCUCAGGACUCGAGCUACUCCACAAGACCGACAUCGACGAAGUUCCCACUGCGUUGAUGGCCUUCCAAGGUCGAUUGAUAGCAGGCGUUGGUAAGGCACUUCGCCUAUAUGACAUUGGGAAAAAGAAGCUACUACGCAAGGCAGAGAAUCGACAAUUCGCAACUGCCAUUGUGACACUAAGCACCCAAGGCUCGCGCAUUCUUGCUGGAGACAUCAACCAGUCUAUCUACUAUGUCGCAUACAAGGCCGCGGAGAAUCGGCUCCUGAUAUUUGCUGACGACACCUCUGCACGAUGGAUCACGGCAUCCACGAUGCUUGAUUACAACACUGUCGUAGCGGCUGACAAGUUUGGCAACGUCUUUGUGAACCGACUCGAUGAAGCAGUCAGCAAGCAAGUCGACGACGAUCCCACAGGCGCUGGUAUCCUCCACGAGAAGAGUGUGUUAAUGGGCGCACCCCACAAGACAAAGAUGCUCACUCACUUCCAUGUGGGCGACGUCAUCACCUCUAUCCAACGCGUCGCGCUUGUCGCGGGUGCGAGAGAGGUGGUCGUCUACUUUGGGUUGCAUGGGACGAUUGGCAUCCUGGUACCUCUUGUCACAAAGGAUGACGUUGACUUUAUCUCCACCUUGGAGCAACACAUGCGAACAGAAAACCUGAGUCUGGUCGGGAGAGAUCAUCUCUCGUGGAGAGGCUACUAUACACCAGUCAAAGCCACCGUCGAUGGUGACUUGUGCGAAUAUUUUGCCAAGUUGCCUACACAAAAGCAACUGGCCAUUGCAGGGGAAUUGGACAGAACCGUAGGAGACGUUCUCAAAAAGCUCGAGAGUCUUCGAGUCACUGCAUCAGGCUUCUAA